UCGACGCGCCGACACGAAUAAGUGUUUUUAGUUGCUCUCUGGGAGAGUUAACCUAAUCUUAAACCCUAGAGAAACCUUCAAGAAAGCGGAGUUGUCACACAAUGAGUCGAAGGAAAAGAGCGAAGGUUGAGUACCGAGAGAUGGAGGAAAAAUAUAACCAGUUAGAAGAUGAAAAUACUUCCGAUACGUCGGAAAAGUCAAAGACUGGUUUAGCGACACCAGAAAAGAAAUCAUUGGCCGAGCCAAAAAAAGAACCCGAGGCUGUUCCUGCAGCUCCGAGCUCAAAUGCCCCAAAAGUUGAAACAAAAGAGGAAGAGGAGCAAGACAGCGAUCACGAAGAUCCGCAUGUAAAAGAAUUAUUGAAUGGCUUGGAAGGCGCAGCAUUCCAAAGUAGACUGCCAUUCGAUAAAUUAACGUCGACGGAAGCUGCUUGCUUUCCUGAUGUUUCCAGUGGUCCACCGCAAACGCAGAAAGUUUUCCUACAUAUAAGAAAUAGACUAUUGCAAUUGUGGCUAGAGAAUCCAAAGCAACAAUUAAUUAUAGAGAAUGCUUUACCGUCCAUUGAACCGCCAUAUAAUAGCGAUACAAUUCUUGUACGAAGAAUUCAUGCUUUCUUAGAACGUCAUGGAUUCAUUAAUUUUGGUGUAUUUAAACGUCUAAAGCCAAUACCAAGUAAAAAACUUGGUAAAGUAAUAGUAAUCGGGGCGGGAAUUGCUGGAUUAGCUGCUGCUCAACAAAUGCAACAAUUUGGGCUUGAAGUAAUUGUUCUAGAAGCAAGAGACCGCGUCGGUGGUCGAAUCGCAACUUUUCGUAAAUCUUCAUAUAUCGCUGACUUAGGGGCAAUGGUAGUCACUGGACUCGGGGGAAAUCCUGUAACUACUCUUAGUAAACAGAUCAAUAUGGAACUCCACAAAAUCCGACAGAAAUGCCCUUUGUACGAGAGCGACGGUCAAACGGUGCCUAAGGACAAAGAUGAGAUGGUGGAAAGGGAGUUUAAUCGAUUACUCGAAGCAACAUCUUAUCUUUCGCACCAGUUAGACUUUAACUACAUCACUGGAUCAACCGGCCAAGGUGGUAAUUCGAGGCCCGUGUCAUUGGGACAAGCACUAGAAUGGGUCAUUCGAUUACAAGAACAAGGAGUUAAACAACGACAAGUUGCACAUCUCCGUUCUGUUCUUUCUCUCCAAGGGAGGCUCACCGCAAAUCAGCACAGGAUGAUCGCCAUCAAAGAGCGCUUAAUUGAGUUAAACAAACAGUACAAAGAGAUGUCCGAGAGUAAAGGACAGACACGAGACAUCACGCAAGAAUUCGUUUUGCGUUCUAAAUUGCGGGAUCUUCAUAAUGCAUGCAAGGAAUGGGAUCUACUCGCCGAACAACAGAAGGAGAUCGAGGCGAAACUUCAAGAACUGGAAGCUUCACCGCCGAGCGAUGUGUACCUAUCGUCGAAGGACCGCCAAAUACUGGAUUGGCACUUUGCAAACUUGGAGUUUGCCAACGCCACGUCCCUCUCCAACUUGAGCCUGAAGCAUUGGGAUCAGGACGACGACUUCGAGUUCACCGGAAGUCAUCUGACCGUUCGCAAUGGCUACUCUUGCGUCCCCGUCGCGUUGUCGGAGGGACUGGACAUCCGGCUGAACGUGGCCGCCAGGGUAGUGCGUUAUGGCACAAACGGGGUUGAAGUUUGGGCUGCACCUUCCCGAAGUCCACACACCACUCACACUGUGUACAAGGCUGAUGCAGUGCUAGUUACACUUCCUUUGGGUGUCCUCAAAGCGUCGGCUCCGCCUUCCGCAGUUGCGUUUAAUCCUCCACUUCCGGACUGGAAGUCUCAAGCGAUCCAGAGACUUGGAUUCGGCAACCUAAAUAAAGUCGUGCUCUGCUUCGAGCGGAUUUUCUGGGACCCUACGGCGAACCUUUUCGGACAUGUCGGCAGCACGACCGCGUCCCGAGGUGAACUCUUCUUAUUCUGGAACUUGUACAAAGCGCCCGUCCUUUUAGCCCUUGUUGCCGGGGAAGCGGCCUGCGUCAUGGAAAAUGUCAGCGAUGACGUUAUCGUUGGUCGUUGCAUAGCCGUCUUAAAGGGUAUUUUUGGAAAUCAAGUGGUACCGCAACCCCGGGAAAGUGUCGUCACAAGAUGGCGAGCCGAUCCCUGGGCUCGAGGAUCGUACAGCUUCGUGGCCGUCGGUAGUUCAGGAAGCGAUUACGACCUCCUUGCGGCACCGGUUGCGCCACCAACGCCGUCGAAUCAACCUCCGGGUGCACCAACUUCGCAACCGCGAGUUUUCUUUGCGGGAGAGCACACAAUUCGCAAUUAUCCAGCCACGGUACACGGGGCAUUCCUGAGCGGACUUCGCGAGGGUGGACGAAUCGCGGACCAGUUCUGCGGAAGUCCUUACGCACCCCCAAACGUGCCGACCGCCGCUCCGCUGCCAACGGGAGUGUCGGCUUCCACGCAGAGCUCCGGCACGGCACCGUAGCAGCCUCAUUCCCAUUAUCAUUUACUCAUUUGCAUAGCCUAUCACGCAAUCCUUGCCUGGCCGCGGCUUAUUAUGCAUACUUCGAUUUUAAGGAGACUCGUUAUAAGAACAACUUUAAGUAUUUCGUGACAAGGCACUUAGUAAUAAAGAAGUCCUAUCUUACCAAAACUCGGGAGUUAUCGCUUUGUCAUUCCUAAGCCUCGAUAAUGGUACUUCCCCUUGUUGCCGUUGAAAUCAGAGAACGAUAUUAAUCCGACUCCGCGUCUGCUGAAACAAACGCAAUGCAUCAGC